AUGAUAGCUGUCACGUCUGCCAACAGGACAAUACUUGGAUCCAUCUUUACGGCCAUCUUUGUGGCUAUCCUCAACAACAAACUCCCUGGAGAAUUUCAGAAACACCUGGUCCCUCAGGUAAUUGAGGCUGGGUUGCCCGAGUCUUCGGUAUCAUCGCUCCUGCAAGCCGUGGCCGCCGGCGCAUCCGAAGCCAUUGCAGCUGUUCCGGGCGUCAAUUCAGAGCUCCUUGCGGUAGUGAACGCAGGUGCAGCUGACAGUUUUGCGGGUGCCUAUGCAUAUGUAUACUACACUGCUCUGGCGCUAGCUCUUGCUGCAGCCAUUGCAGCGAUGUUCAUCCGCGACAUGGAUCAUUACCUCACUGACCAUGUCUCUCGACAGAUUUACCACAAGAAGGAGACCCGACAUGACGUUCUACUCAAGGACUAA